AUGCAAAAGGCAGUCCCAAAAUACCACCCCGUCGCUACAUCAGCGGCAGCUGAAACGAUUAAAAAACACGAAAAGCCAGCCAAUACUGUACUUUGGGCAGGGUGGUUUUGCCCAUUCACACAGCGCUCAUGGGUUGUCCUCGAAGAGCUUGGUAUCCCUUACCAGUAUAAAGAAGUCAAUCCAUAUCUCAAAGAGGCUUCAUUUCUCGAAAUUUCUCCCAAGGGAUUAACACCUGGACUUCAGGUAGAUGGCAAGCCGCUCCAUGACUCUAUCAUCAUCAAUGAGUUCCUAAACGAGGAAUAUGGAUCAAGUAAACUACUGCCAGAGGAUCCAUACCAACGAACUAUCGCUAGGCUAUGGAUUGACUACAUCAACAAAGAAGUUGUUCCGGCAUUCUUUCGACUAUUGCAAGCUCAGCCAAACGAGCCAGAAAAGCAAUCGUCCGCUCUAAUAGAGUUCAAAAACCUUCUCUCAACUAUCUCUAAAAAGGCCAAAGGCCUAUAUUUCUUUGGCGAUCAAUUCAGUCUCGUUGAUGCUGCUUUAGCUCCCUGGGCCGUGCGAGACUUCAUAGUCAGAGAUUUCAGGCGAUUUGUUCGUGAAGAUGUUCAAGGAUGGAGCGACUGGGCGGCUGCACUGGAGACGAGAGAAAGCGUUGUGCGAACGACGAGUAGUGAGAUGAUUGAAUUCAACGGCACUUUUCUUCGAAACGAACUGCAUAGUUUAGCAGGUCGAGCUGCAGCGGAGGGACAAGCCAUCCCCUAA